GAAGAAACUGGCGGCACGUGCUGGUGCCGGUAGUUCUCGUGCUUCACGUAACAAUGCUGGCAGCAACAUCGAUGGCAAGCGGGGCGGCGAUGUGGAGGUAGGCAGUGGCCUGCCGUUGAACGGUGUCACUGAACGUGAGCGUAGUGAUGGAGUUAAAUGAGACCGGCAGCAUCGUUUUCGCUUCCUCUCAUUCGGAUAGCAGGAACCUUAUGUUGAUCGAGCGUCGUGUAAAGGGGGUUUCAUAAGGCGCCCACCCUAACCAAUAAGCUAAGAGGCGGUGGGGUAGAUGAAUAUCGGGGUAUUAUGUGUGCAAUUCUAAACAGAACGCCGGUGAUAUAGCUGUUAAAAUGGCGGGAAUUUCCGUUUCAAAUUCUGUUGCUGUUGGUGAAGGACGUUUCUUCUGUUGUUUGAGCAUUUCAACCGCUUUUUCUGUGCACGAAGGGUUGCUAAACAGCGGGAAUACGGGUACGGGAUAUGAAGCUGCUGUAAUACGCUGUAGCAUUGAAGGCCAUAGAAAAAUAACGAGGAAGAAACAAGCAGACUAACUGUGGGAAGUUUCUUUUUCCAGUGUCGAGCAAUGGAAUAGAGAAAUGGAACUACAGAACAGCAGACAACAACCGGUAGUGCUGUUGGAAUGUCACAUGUGUGACAUGUGUUCUUAGGUUUUAUUCCAACUCGCUCGAAUAGUCUUUUCUGGGGUAUAAGGGCCAUCCUUCAAAUGGAAAUUCGAGAUAGAUUAUUGCUGAACUUUCACCUGCACUUGCGAAUGCGACAUUCUUCAGUGGAAGCGUAUAGUGAUAAAGUGUCGAUAACAUAGGACAGGCCAGGAGACUGCGUGAGAUUUGUGUGAAGCCAAAAAUAGACAAUUGGAAAUUCGAAUGUUAUCAAUGCAUAAUAUAUUCCAAUCAUAAAUAACAAAUUAUUGCUGAGGGCACCAGACGGGGCAACCUACUUAUCUCUAUAAGGCCUCCACCGAUGAUGAUGAUCAUAAUGGAUACAUUCGGUCCAUUUGCGUUUCCAUUUGUUGGAGAACCUCUUUGACAACAGUGUGUUAGAUGUAUGUUCCGUUAAUUUAAUGUUGAGGGUUACAUGUUAGCUAACUAUUAGUUUCCUUUCUUUUUUAGUUUGUGUUUUUGUUCUGAUUCUUGUGAUCGCUGCAUCGGUUAUUCUGUUGGAAAGUGGUGGGGGACAUGCGUGGGGUUUUUGUUCCUUUUUCUUUCGCUCUUCAAGUAGCAUGUUCGAGUUAAACUAUACAGCGAAUGAGAUCAUCCGUGUUGAUUGUUUUGUUUGAGGCACGAGACAGGUGAUCAUCAAUUCCUUUUAAAGUUAUACGCUGGGGUUCGUAUGAAGAGGUGAAGGUCUUACGUAGCAUGUAAGAGAGUGAAGAGAGAGAGAGAGCGAGAGUGACCGGUAGGCCAAACAUGGACCAAAAGUUGUGAAUGUGUUUUUGGCUACUGUAAAUCAACGAUAGAGAUGAAAUGCGGUAACAAAGGAUAGAGCAUUUGUAACAAUUGAACACUCCGUGCACUCACGUGUCGUCGCAUCGAUACUUUACUACAAAUGCUGUUUGCCGGGUGAUGCCAGCCGGUCUACCACCAAUAGCGAGCAAUUUACCCCUCUUGCUUCAGUUUCACUCUUCGAUUCGCAGAUAAUAAUAAAAGUAAAACAGCUCCAAACGACAGUUUACCAAAAAUUCCAAAGAAAAAAAACGAAACAGAAAAAGAUUUUAUAGCCGCAUCAUUUGUUUCAUUCCGAAAU